CAUUGACACUGUUAACUAUGGUUGAAUUUAGUUUGUGACAGUUUGCUUUGCUUCUAAGAUUUAUUUUGUGAAGAUUUGCUGUCUGUUGUGUUGAUUAUUUAUGUUGUCCAUAUUUCUACCAUUUACAUCAUUCGUUUAUUGUAAAUUGUGAAAACUCCGCAUAUUGUCUAAUGACAUAAAAAUGGUACAAUCUCAGUUCUCCCUUUCUUGGAACUCAUAUAAAAACAGCAUUUGCAAUGGAUUUACUUCUUUUCAACAGAAUGGAGAGCUAGUGGAUAUGACUCUGGCAGCUGAUGGCCACUUUGUAAAGGUGCACCAAGUGCUGCUUGCUCUGGCCAGUCCAUAUCUAAAGGACCUCAUCACGUCUGCCCCGUGCCAGCAUCCAGUACUGUUUCUUAAUAAUGUUUCACACAAGAACAUGUCACUCAUAUUGGAGUACAUAUACACGGGAGAAGUGUUGGUUCCAGUUGAAAAUAUGACAUCGUUUGCUGAGGCCGCAAGAGGACUUCAUAUUAAGGGUCUAGAAAACCUUACUAACCACAGUUUAAAUAUCCAAGAUAGAUCAUCAUAUGUAGAAGAAAAAAACCUCGGCCAUGUUACUGGAGUCAAAAGAAUUGCUGUACCUACUAGUGAUGGAGUGGAAGAGGUAGCUGUACCAGCAGCAGCAAGGAAAAUUUAUGUUAAACAAGACUUAGUUAGUAGUGAGUUGAGAACACACGCGGAGCCCCCUGCGGAGCCGCUGUCGGAGCACGCUGGCGCCCACGACUCUGACGACGACUGCAAGCCUGAAAUCUCUGCUAGCACUCCCAAAGAUAUAAAAGCCACAGCGAACCUGCAGUACACGGUGUCGAUCCGCGGCGCGCUGCAGGUGCUGCUCAACCGCUACAUGUACAACCUGCAGUCGGCGCGCGGCGCGCUGCGGCGCUGGCGCUGCAUCGACUACCGCAACCACAAGUGCAUGGCCUUCCUAGUCACCAGGGACAACGUCGUCGUCAACAGGGCAAAUCUUCAUAAUCACGGGUUCCACGAUAAGAAAAUUUUGGCUAAAAUUAACAAGAAAUGUGUAUUUUCGGCGAUAGAUGAUGUCGUCAAAAAUUACAAGGAGCGAGAAAGCGAGGAAUCAAAAACAAUAGAUAGCGACACUACAAUGGAUGAAGGAUUCAGCGCAAUUGACAGUUUUCAUUAACCUACGAUGUAUUUCUUAACAUAAGUAUAUAUUAAUUAAUAAAUAUUAAAAAUUUAAUAUUUGUUUGA